AUGGAAACUAUGGCACCACUACGACAGGCCCUGCCCUCUCUUCAGAUUUUCCUCAGCCAGGAAGAGGCUCAGGAGCUAGGCAUGACGCCAUGGUUCAGCUACUCUGUUACACUUCCCGAACGUCCCAUUCCUGGCGCUUCCGAACGAAAGACUCUAGAGACUGAGCGUCUUAUCGUCCGUCCCUUCACGAUGAAAGACCUAGACGCUUUCCAUGAACUCCGAAAGAUCCAAGAGCUUCAAGUCCACUCAACAGCACGUGGCCGCGCCAACAAAGAUAAGGACGAGUCUGAAAGACAGCUCCACGCUCUGGUACAAGAUGACCAAUGCCACUGGUGGUUUGGUGCUUUCCUCAAGUCCACUGGUGAGCUUAUUGGCGAGGGUGGUCUGCCAGAUGUUCUCAGCAUGUCUUCUUCAAUUUCUGGCUGGCCUGAAGCCGAAUUUCUUAUCAAGCCCGAGCAUUGCCGACAAGGAUAUGGAACAGAGCUCUGGACAGUCAUUAUGGAUUCUUGGUGGGAUGUCCCUCGUGAGAGAAGACGUCAUCAGCUCGUUCCCCUGGUCGUCCCUGGCAAGGAGCCCGGCGACAAGGUGGACGAGUGUGUUGUUUUCCAAUGGGAGGCCACCAACGAGGUCGCCAAGUACUUCUUCGCCAAGGUCCUGGCGCAAGCACCGGUUGCUGCGCAGGGUGGCUGCGAGAGCAUCGAUACCCGAGAAGGAAGGGUGGGAAAUCUUAUCACAUGGUCUGGUACUCUAAUUUGCAACCCCAGGCCGCCCGUUGAGGAGGAUUCGGACUCGGAGUAA